GAUACAAUGUAUGUACUAUUGAAUACUUUCCUCCCAUCGACUUUUCUCACCAAAGUGGCAGGCAAAAUUUGAACCAUAUGAAAGGCCAGUACAUUGCAUUCUUCACACGCUUCUCUACAAAUAUAUAUAGAGACUCUCCAUAUGUCUCUACAACAAACACACACUCAUAACUCAAAAAAACAGAACAAAAAUGAGCUCUCUUACGGUGAGAGCUGCUUUGUGCUGUGUAGUGGUUAUUGUGCUAAUUGGAGCACCACCCUUCUCCGAUGCUCAGCUAGAUCCCUCGUUUUAUAAUAGUACUUGUUCAAAUGUGCAUUCAAUUGUGCGUGAAGUGCUCAUAAAUGUUUCCAAAUCUGAUCCACGUAUACUUGGCAGUCUCAUGAGGCUCCACUUUCAUGAUUGUUUUGUUCAAGGUUGUGAUGCAUCAAUCUUGCUAAACGAUACCUCAACUGUCGUGAGCGAACAAGGAGCUGCGCCGAACAACAACUCCAUCAGAGGCUUGGAUGUUGUGAAUCAGAUCAAGACCGCAGUAGAAAAUACUUGUCCCAACAUUGUUUCUUGUGCUGAUAUUCUUGCACUUGCCGCUGAAAUUUCAUCUGUUCUGGCUAAUGGUCCUGAUUGGAAAGUUCCACUAGGAAGGAGAGAUAGUUUAACAGCAAAUCGCACCCUUGCUAAUCAAAAUCUUCCAGGUCCCAAUUUCAACCUAACUCGACUUAAAUCUGCAUUUACGGCACAAAACCUCAACACUACAGAUCUAGUUGCACUCUCAGAAAUUGAGCUUCACCGAAUUCAAUUCAAAAGCCCAAACAACAAAAUGAAAAUGAUACCUAUUAUUGGUGAAGCUGAUUUGGCUAUGGGGAAUCAAGGUGCAGAAGAGAAUUGAAGAGCGGCGAGAUGUGUUGUGAGCCGGUGACGAAGCAGCAGAACGGAACCAAGGCUCGGUGAAGAGAGAGAGAGACAGCGCAGAACUAGGGCUCCUUGAGAUGCGGCGCGGAACUACGACUCUCUAAGAUGCAGAGACGGUGAUGGCAACGAGGAAGGGUUGAGAUCAAGAUCGCGAAAGUAGGGAGACGCGUGAGUAACAGAAGCAGCAGUAAAAAAAGAAGGUAAGAUGAAAGAAGGGAGAUGUCACCUGUAGAGCUUGUGCCCCUGCCGAGCUUGUGUCGAGCACUGGUGGAAGGCAGCCAAGGCUUGUGCCCCUGCCGAGCUUGUGUCGAGCACUGAUGCGAAGACGGUUACGACAUCGAGCAAGGGUUAUUGCGUUCACGAGAGAAGGAAAGGGAAAAGGAUUUCGCAAGUAGGGUUUUGAUAAAUUUGGGGAAAAAGGUUUUCAAUUUGGGUAGCGGUUCCGGUAACCGCUACCUAGCACCGAGAAAUUUUAUUUGAGUAGCGGUUUCAUUAUAAAAUUGAUUUUUUCUGUUUUUUUAAUGCUACAAGAUAGCUUCUUUCCAUAUUUUUUUUUUUUGCUAUAAGACUUGGGCAGCGGUAAACAGUGAACCGCUACCCCAUAGCCGCUGCCCAAAGCCAUUUUUGUGGUAGUGAGGUGGUCAUACAUUUGGAAGAGGUCAAUGCAGAUUUUUUGUGGACCGAUUAUACAAUUUUAGUGGCACUGGAAAUCCCGAUCCAUCUCUCAACACAACUUAUUUACAAACACUGCAAUCAAU